CCCUUUUGCGUCUACAAAGUGGAAGAAUAUCUCUUAUGAUAGUUUUAUUAAUUAUUUGGUGGACACACAUGGUACGAGGUCAGAGUCCCAGCAGAUGUCAGCCGAGGCUCAAUUACUCAAGAUCCACACUUUACGCAGCGGAAGGCGGUGUCCUCUCUUUCCAGUGCAAUGCCACCUACUGUGGGAAGAAUUCCUCGAAACCCAGGUUGUACUGGUGCAAGCAGAAAUUAAACAGCUGUACGGCAUUGCUUCAUUUGGACGAAUUUGCAAAUCGGACCAAGAUGAGUUCGUAUUUUGGGUCUGGUACAUUGACUUCCUUACUUCAGAUAUCUCCAGUUCUCAUUAAACACUCGGGAAAAUAUCAGUGUCGGGCCCAGUUCCCCAACUUUGAUCAGAUCACUGCGAUGGGCCACCUGAUAACGGCUCUAGUCAUCAGUAAGUACAAGAACACUGAGUGUAUGAAGUUACUGUCGUCACUGAUAAGCCAGUCUCCAACAGCUCGCACUUAUUCCUCAAUCACAGUUCAUUUACUUGUUAUGCUGAGAAUGGCGCAGCCAGUCACUCAACUGUUCCGAAGUAACAGUUCAGGGGGGGUGUCAGGAGAAAUAAAAGUGUUUACUCCAGUUAACAAAGUGAGCGGACACAGAGGAGGCUCCCUAAAGCUUCAGUGUAUUGCGCAGUCUGACACACAUUUGAAUACAACACUCGGGGUACAUUGGACGAAGGAUAAUGAGAAAUGUAAUGAGCCAUUGAGCAGAAACAAAAGCAACGAUGAAACCAUAGCAAGCGGCAGACAGCGGUUCACACUCACACUCUCCAACCUCCAACCUGACGACGCUGGACUGUACUACUGCUGCAUUACGUCACACUUGUCCUCCCAGAUCUUUGGAAUGGAUUCAAUACGAGUACACGUAACUGCUUUCAAUCCUGAUGUGAUAAAUUUUGCUUCACUCAUCAUCUGCAAAGGAAUUCUGCUGGUGAUUGUCAUCACAUUUGGUCUAACCUGGGUUUAUCAUCUGGAAAAACGCCAGCAGAAAUCGGAAGAUGCAGCAGGAAUGUCACAGAGGAAAGAAAUGAGGAAGAGCUCCAUCACCUAGAACUGCCACACACUUGGCUAUCAUGGAUUCUGGCCCAUUUUGAUGUAAUUUCCUUUACGUCCAUUUUCUCAGGCAUUUAUCAGGUUAGAGAGCAAACAGAGGAAUGAUCAUAUCUUUGCUUAACAUAAUUCAACUGAGGUUAGGCAGAAGGGUAAAGAAAUGUUGACUCAAACUGCUGGACAAUCCAAAAGCACUUCCGAUGAAGGCAGUGAAUACUGAUUUAACGACAGAGAUUAGCUUUAUUUACCUUUACAUCGAAACAUACAGUAACCUGUGUUGUUUCCGUCACUGACUAACGCAAUUUGAGGGUGUGCCUGGAGGCAGCCCACAAUUUUCACCGUUCUUCUGGCACCAGCAUAACAUGCUCACAAUUUCUGACCCUAAUCUGCACAUUGUUGGAACGUGAGAGCAAAUGGGAGCACCUGGAGGAAACUCCUGUGCUCAUGGGGAGAAGGUACAAAUUCCUCACAGUCAGCAGCAGGAACUGAGCCCUGAUUGGUGAUUACUGGCGUUAUAAAGGGAUUGCACUAGCAACUAUAUACCCGUGGAAGUUUUUCCCAUUUAUCCCAGGCAGUGUGGACUGAAAAUGGAGCGGCUCAGCCCUGAUGAAGGGUCUCGG